ACUCACAUCCGACAUGGCUCCUCUGACCAUGGCAUCCUUAUCCCCUCACACAUUUGGCGCCACGCGGCAAUCUACCGGUAGCGUCGUGCCAAGCCACCACAUUUUGCCACGUCAGUUGUGGGUGUCCAAGAAGAACCGGUCGGGCUGUGUGUGGUGUGGCAAGUCGUUUGGAUUGUUCCGGCAUCGCCAUCACUGCCGCCUGUGUGGCGAUUUAUUCUGCAAGGACUGCGUCGUCUACUGCACCACGCGAGAGACCAGCGUCAAAGUGUGCCGCCUCUGCAUUCCUACCAUCGACCCCGCGUGCCAACCCAACAACCCUCGAGCACUACCUCGGCGGCGUACGACCAUGGAAAACGUCAAGCUGCUCGAUACGAUUCGGUGCGUGGAGUAUAGCAACACCCCCAAGGAGAGGGGAACAUCAUCAGUCAGGACCACAGUCACGUCGUCGUCCACGGCCUCCCUCCCAAAUUCCCCGUCAGCGUCCGAAUUGAAAGCCGCCAUCUUGCCGUCCAGUAGCAUGGUUGCUACCCUCGCCCAUCUCCUCCAAGAAACAGCCGACACCCAAGCGACGCUGGCAGUGCAAACCUCGUCCGCAACACACAUGAUCUCUGCCCACGGCGCUCAAAUAGAACGGCUCAACCAAGCAAUCGCUCGCAUUGAAGCCAAGUUCUGGGAGGACUGUGGCGGGAACGCAGGCUCGUUGUCCGACGACAAGAGCCUGUAGUAGUCUUACGGUUGUUAGGGUAGUGGUUUAGAUCGAAUAAACUGCAAACACGUUCGUGAUGUGGCGC